UGCCGCGCGCGCGCCAUGGGAGCCCUCGAGGAGGCGCACCUCGCCGCCUGCGGCUGUGAAGAGGAGGAGGAUGAGGGGGAUCUCCUGGAGCUUGUUGGCGAGGCCCAGGGGGACGCCAUGGAGGCGGCGGUGCGCGCGCUGCUCGCGGGGCUCGGCGAGGACGACCGCAGGGAGGGGCUACGCAGGACGCCCAAGCGCGUCGCCAAGGCCUUCCGCGACGGAACACGAGGUUACAAACAGAAAGUAAAAGACAUUGUGCAGGGUGCUCUGUUCCCUGAGGUUGGUGUUGACAAAAGGACUGGUUCUGCUGGAGGAACUGGAGGGCAAGUUGUUGUCCGUGACAUCGAUCUUUUUUCAUACUGUGAGUCAUGCUUGCUUCCAUUCAGCAUACAAUGCCAUGUUGGGUAUGUGCCAUCAGGUGGAAGGGUUGUUGGUUUAAGCAAGCUUUCAAGAGUAGCUGACGUCUUCGCCAAGAGGUUUCAAAACCCUCAAAGAUUAGCUAAUGAAGUCUGCGGUGCAUUGCAUGCUAGCAUACAACCUGCAGGUGUGGCUGUUGCUCUGCAGUGCUGGCACAUACCAUUGCCAGAGAACUUGAAAUGCCAGAGUUCUCAAGGUUUGAUUGGAACAUCACAUUCAUCUCGCUCUGGAGUUUUUGAGGGUGAGAGCAGCUCUUUUUGGAAUGACUUUGUGGCUCUUCUUAAGCUUAGAGGCAUAGACAUGGAGGUGGACAGCCAUUCUGCUAUUCUGCCAUGGUGCCCCUUGAGGCCUCAGGAGGUUCCACUCUGCAAUGGCCAUGGCAAGAAGAUAACGACUAAUGGUGCAAUUUCACCAAAAUCUGGAUCCACUCCCUCUAAUAUGGUUUCUGCUGUUAGCGCAAUGCUCCUAUCCCUUGGAGAAGACCCCCUCAGGAAAGAACUUCUAGGCAGUCCUCAGCGUUAUGUGCAAUGGCUGAUGAGGUUCAGAGCAUGUAAUCUCGAUGUGAAGCUGAAUGGUUUUACACUUAACAGUGCCAGUGUAUAUGAGAGACCAGAUGAAGACGCUACUGAUCAUCGAGCAAUCAGUUCUGAGCUGCAUCUAUCAUUUUGCGCCCAGUGCGAGCACCACCUCCUGCCAUUCUAUGGAGUAGUGCACAUUGGUUUCUAUGGCAGCGGAGACAGCGAAGUCAUUGACCGCUCCCAUUUUCAGGCACUGGUUCAUUUCUAUGGGUGCAAGCUUCAAGUUCAGGAAAGGAUGACAAGACAGAUAGCUGAAGCAGUUUAUUCAGUUUCACACCGUGGAGCCAUAGUUGUUGUAGAGGCCAACCACAUUUGCAUGAUAUCAAGGGGGAUAGAGAAAAUCAGGAGUAGUACAGCAACAAUUGCAGUUUUGGGUGACUUUUUGACCGAUUCUUCUGCCAAGGCAUCCUUUCUACAGAACAUAAUAGAUACUGCUGGCCAGGAAGUAUGAACCCAUUCAACAUUCUAGAUGCUGCUGGUCUGGAAGUAUGAAAACAUUCAGCAUGUUAGAUACUGCUGGUCUGGAAGUAUGAAUACAAUCAACAUUUUAGAUACUGCUGGCGAGGAAGCAUUGGUCCUUUUGAUCGUAUACCGUUAGAAUCUCAGCCAAAGGAUACAUGAAUCUAAUUCCUAAUUUCAGCAAGGCACCGCAAGGAAGUUAUAUGGUCUUGAAGCUGUAGCAUGGUUUGCCAUUUUACCAGCCAUUGCUCUUGGGGGCAACGGGAUUGGAAUGUUGUGAUCUGAAGAUGUAACCUGAGAAGCACCAAAAACAAGUUUUUUGGUUCUCCCGUGUUGUACCAUUUCAUUUUGAACGGCAUCUAAAAAUUUGUAGCGAUAUAGGGUGCGGCUGUGCCGGCAAAAUACAGUAUGUGUUUUAAAGUGGUUCUCGCAUGUACUAGCAGUUUUGGUGA